AUGAACGACGCGGCAAGCCUGGAGCAGCUUGGCGAGGCGCAGAGGCUGCUUGCCAAAUGGUGCCAGCCCGGAGCACUUGCGCUCCCUGAUAUCAAGGCGCGACUGCCUCCGCGCGAGGCGCCGUAUGAAGAGCACACGCAGCAAGAUGAUCCAUGGGCGUCCUUUUAUGUCCAACGCCGCCUGCCGAUCCCGCCGAACGUGUUUGAGACGAUCACGAGUCGUGCGCCUGUCGCGACGCUUGCGCUCUUUCCCGAGAUUGCGCGCGCAUGCAUCACGGUGGAAAACAGAGUCUACCUGUGGGACUACCAAGGCGGGCAAACCGCGUUUGAGUACCACCAGCUGCGCGAGGACGAGGUGGUACUUGCUGUGAGCCUCGUUGCAGCGAAGCCAAACGUGUUUAUCCCCCAAAUCAAGCAUGUCCUGGUCCUCUCGACCGGCCCUAACUCGGUCGAAGGCCAGCGGGUGACUUUGCUCGGUGUCGAGCAGCUGGACCGCGAGGGCCAGCCUUUCGGAAUCAAGCUCUAUGAGACAGCCAUGAGCGCAAACACAAGUGGUGUGGUCAUGCGCGACAUCCGUGGAUCUGACGCGGGCCGUAUAUUCUGCGCGGGCAGCGAUCACUGCGUCUACGAGCUCGUCUACCAAGCCCACGAAGGCUGGUUCAGCAGCCGCUGCUACCUCUACAAUGUGACACAGCCGCGCUUCUCGAACCUGGUCCCCUCCUUCUUCAAGUCGGAGAAGAAACUGAGCUUUCUCGCUGUGGACAAUGCACGCAACUUGCUGUACAUCCUGCGCGAGGGCGAUCAGAUCGAGGUAUAUAGCCUGCCGUCGAAGGACUCGUCGCGUGCGCCAGUGCAUACAGGCAGCAUGUACGGCGUCACACACCAGCGCGGACUCUUGCAUUCCCAGCAAGAAGUCGGCCAGAUUGUAUGGCUUGGGCCUACCGAGCCCGACACGCGGGCAAAUGCGAGCCUCGUUGCCGUUACCGAAAAAGGCUACCGAAUCUACUUUGACGAUUUCCAGCGCCGGAGCUGGGCGCAGCUCGCGGUACGAAUCCCCCCGGGCGGCCAAGUGCGCCUCCCUAACCAGCCGAUGCUCGGCAUGCGAAUGGGCGCAGCGCCUGCAGCCAUGCGGCGCUCGACCAAUGCAUUCUACGCCGCGGGCGUCUUCCUCCAGUCCUUUUCCACCGCAGACGGCGCACAGCUGUUUUGCACGAGCACAGGAACGCCGGUGAACGGAAGCACGGCAUGGCCGGGUUACGUCGGGAACGCCGGGAUGCCUGUCGGGAGUAUCUGGCAAGAAAGCACCACCCUUGUGCACCUAGCGCAAGGCGCCAGUGCUCCUGUUCUCGCCGAAGCGCACGGCAAGCAGCCCCUCGAUGCAAACGGCGCUGUUAUCCGGCCGUCGGCGGCGGAAAAUACGCGCGCCGCGCGCGUCUUUUUGGUGCUCGACUCCAACGGUCUCGUAGAAGUUGCCGAGCGCAGGCCCGCUGAUAUUCUUGCGAGCCUGCUCAAAGGCAGCGUCGCGAGCGGCGCUGCUGCAUCCGCUGCUCCACCUGUCCUGGACUAUUUUACGCGCUAUGGAUCGAUCGAGGCGUGCAUGAUUGCGCUUUCCAUUGCCGCAGAGAAUCCCAACCUUGCCCUACUCCCAGAGGAAGCUGCAAUGCAUGCAGUGCGUCUCUAUUUCGGUCCUCUUGGCAGCUGGCCAGCCGACUCGCGCAUGCCCACCUCGCUGGUCUCGUCCAAGUCGUCGCGCUACGAGGCGCUUGCGUACUACAUUGCAUGCAUCGUCCGCAGCGUCUGGUCCGAGAAGCUCGUGCCGAGCCCAUGGCUCGAGUCUACGCCUAGUACGGUCCCGAAUCCCCUCACUGCGCAUGGCCGCCUCGAGACGCUCGUACGCGAGCUUACGCCCCUGUCCGAGUUUAUGCGCAAGCACUCGCAGCUCUUUGAUAUUGCCCCCGAAAGAGACGGCGCGCUCGCGCAGAGCGUUGCGUUGCAGCGCUCCGAGCGCGACGCGUUUGGGCGCCUCCGCGCACUGGUCCAGCGCACCAUCCAGGCCUGCCAUUUCUGCGCAUUCCUAGCCGACCAUGGCCUGCACACCAUCGUGCGCAGCGUGCCGCAAGCGGUGCGGGCUAAGCUUGCGACGCUGCACUUUAGUGAUCUCGUCGCGACGCAGGACGGCUCCAUGGUCGCCAACGACCUGGUCAACGCACUCAUCGAGUCCCAAACCGGCGCGCGCGCGAGCGUCGAUGCGAUUGCCGAGGCAUUGCAGGCGCGGUGUGCGAGCUUUUGCAGUGCGGACGAUGUGCGCCGCUACAAAGCGUCGGAAUGCCUCCGGAAUGCCAUUGAGACAGACAAGCUGCUGCGCGACGAGCCCGGCAUGCUGCGCGACGCAGAUCCCGACAGGCGCCGCGCGAUCGACGAGGAUUUGCAGCUGAGCCUGCGCCUUUUGCUCCAGAGCGCCGCGCAGAUUCCCCUCGAUAAGCUCACACAGGUAUGCACGACCUACUCGCAGCUUGGCUAUGCCCGCGGCGUAAUCACACUUGCCUUGGCGUGUGCGCGUGCCUCGGAUCCAAACGACGUAGCCGUGGCCUAUCGUGCGGAAGGAUGCCCUGAAGCGCCGUCGCAUGCGCAAACGCUGUAUGCGCAGCGCAGGAAGAUGUACGCGCUCAUGCUCGACGCACUCCAAGCGCUGGACAGUGCGCUGGACAGUGCGACGAAUGCAGUUGUCGCAAGCCCCAAAGACGUAGCUGCGCGCAGCCAUCUGGACCGAGUCGAGCUGAAGCGCAAAGAUGCGUACGCGUUGGCCACCGAGUCUCCCGACCCGCUGUGCCAAGAAGAGCUGUAUACGUGGCUCAUCCAGCGUGGUCUUGUUGACCAGCUCCUCGAGCUUACCACGCCGUAUUUGGAAGACUUUUUGGCGGGCACGCCUGUGUUGUUGGGCGGCGAAGCGCGCGGCGUGUACAUCCGCAAGCUCCGCGAUCUCCUGUGGCAGUACUACGUCCGGCACGCCAACUUUUUCGCCGCGGCGCAGACGCUGGACGAGCUUGCGCACACCGAGUUGCUUGCGCUGCGUCUCAAUGAGCGCAUCGAAUACCUCGCGCUCGCCAUUGGGAAUGCGAAAUCGAUUGGGCCUUCGCAGGAAGCACAGCAAGUGCUGGACUUUACGCGGCAGCUCGAAGAGGAUUUGGAGGUCGCGCAAGUCCAGGCCAAGAUCCUGGGCGCGCUCUACUCGCUCAACAUGAUUGACAUGGGCGAGAAAGAGCACGGAGCGUAUAUUGCCAUUGUUCAACAGCUCGACACCGAGCUGCUGGACAUGACCUGCUUGUACAAGCAGGUCGCCGAGCCUUUUGAGCUGCUCGAGGAGAAAUUGGUCAUCAUCCAGGCGGCACAAUACCAGGACCGGGAGCUGGUCGCGAGCAUUUGGGACGCUCUCAUUGCCCGCGAACACAAUGCAAGUGCGCCGGAGCAUGCCUACCAAUCCGUGGCUGCCAUGGUCACUGAUUUGUACGCACAGCUCCAUAGCUCCAGUCUUGCCUGCCCACUCGAUUUUCUCCUGCCACGCCUGGAGCAGUACGCGUACGACACGUUUUGCUGCGCCAUGGACGAGCCGAUGGCGCCAUCUGCGCUGCAUUGGGCGCCGCUCCGUGCCUUGGAUACCACGCCGAUUCCCGUCGGAUGGGCACCGCUUGUGCUGAUGCAGGGCGGCGCCUCGCCAGAGCUCUUGUUCGAUGUGCUCCAGGCCCUGGUGAGCUCCGCGCCGCCCCCGUGGAAUACCACCGCGGGCCUUGGCUUCCUCCUCCCGGAUGCGUCCGCAUUUCUCGCCGCAUGGCUCGGCGCCGCGCUUGAAAAGCCAGGCCUCUACUUUCCUGCACACCGCGUGGAUCAGGCGGCGAAUGCGUAUGUCUUGAAACUCAAUACGCGCAAGUUUACGCGCGCUGGGGACGACCUCGACGCGCGCGUGGAGCAGCUUCAUAGCCUCUUGCAGCGCAUCAAGCGCGCAUUUUAG